AUGUCUGAAUUACGUGACGAAAAGACGACGUUGGCGGAUUCGAAGGGGUCGACAGCUACCCACAUAGCCGUCGAUCGUGUGUUCGAAACUUCGGAGAAAGUCUUCAUCGGCGGACUCAAUGACGAUAGUCCAGACGGCACGAAGCGGGGCUCAUCCGAUGAGUCGGAGCCGGAGUACGACUUCAAGUCCGAUGAGUUUGCCAACAUACCCGAGCUUGUUCGGACUGUUGUCGGUUUCGAGGAUGACCCCUCUCUGCCUGUUCUUACGUUUCGGUCUCUGCUACUGUCAGCGGUCUUUUGUACCAUUGGUAGCAUCGUCUCCCAGCUCUCAUACUUCCGGACUACCACGGCUCCAUUUCCCGUCUUCUUCGUUAUUCUAGCUUCAGCGCCUCUUGGUCGAUUACUUGCUCGCAUCCUCCCCGACUACACUGUACCUUUGGGGCGCUUUUCCUUCUCGUUGAACCCAGGUCCAUUCUCUAUCAAAGAACAUGCGAUCAUCGGGAUUGCUGCUAAUGCUGGCAGUCAAGGCCAGUGGGCAACUUUUCUGCCUACAAAUGCCGCAUUGUAUUAUGGCAUUACCAUGCAUCCAGCUGUGGCGCUUUUCUUUGGUUGGGGCGCUUCACUCCUUGGAUUUGCCUUCGCAGCCAUGGUUCGCAAGGUUCUGAUAGACGAUCCGGAGUUCAUCUUCCCCCUUUCUUUACAGCAGGUCACACUUUAUCGAAGUAUGCAAGGCAAAACAGAGCUUCAUAAAAGUGUUUCCAAGAAACAGAUGAAGGUUUUCUGGUGGAUUUUGCUGGGUACUUUCCUCUGGCAAUUCUUGCCCGAAUAUCUUUUCCCAUUUGUUGCCGCCCUUGCACCUCUCUGCUGGUUUGCUAGCCGCAAUCACACCGUGAACUUCCUCGGGGCGGGCCGAGGUGGCAUUGGACUUCUCAACAUCACGUUGAACUGGUCUAACAUCACAUCGACCGUCAUCACAUACCCCUACAGUGUUCAGGUUACAAUCUUUGUUGGUUUUGUGAUUACUACUUGGAUACUUAUCCCCGUGGCAUAUUUUGGGAAUCUAUGGGGAUCACCAACAUACAAUAUCAUGUCAAACGGAGUGUUUCAGAAGAACGGCUCGGCCUAUCCAUUUGAGUCUUUAAUCUACACGGACUCAAGUGGCAUUCAGCAUGUGAAUGAGACAAGAUACCAUGAAGUUGGUCUCGCAUACUCAGGAGCUCAAUACACAUGGGAAAUCUUCAUGUGGUACGCUUCGUACAUCUCCUCCUUUGUCUGGUGCGGCUUAUUCUUGGGCCCAAAGAUUUCCAAGAUCUGGAAGGCAAGGAAAGAUCAAGGCGAAUACCACCAAGAUCGUCUAAGCCGAAUCAUCCAACAAUACCCAAGCCUCACUUUGUGGGAAUGGGGUCUCCUCACUGCUAUACCGAUAGGAAUCCUCCUUAUUAUUGUCGCAACUAAGUCCGUCUGGAUGCCAACCUGGACUUACUUUGUCGCGUUGGGUUUUGGGGCUGCAGCUAUGCUGCCGAUGAGCCUGGUUUACGCCAUGUCAGGAUACUCGAUCAAAGUUGGUUUCUUCAACGAACUUAUUUACGGCUAUAUGAUCGAUGCGCCCGGCUCGUCUCGGCACCCGCUUGGUCAAUUGGCCUACCGCAUCAUUUCAGGAAAUGUUUGGUAUGACGCUCGAGUCGUACUUGAAGAUCAGAAGAUUGGUCAUUAUCUUCAUCUUCCACCUCGAGAUGUCAUUGGGAUCCAAAUCAUUGCCAACAUGCUUGCUCUUCCCAUCAACUAUGGAGUCAUGCGAUGGGUCAUUGCCUCCAAGUUUGACUACGUCAGCGGUCGAAUCCCAGAUCCUCAAGGACAAUGGACAGGCCAAGAGUUCAAGAGCUACAAUACUGCCGGGAUUCAAUAUGCACUGGUCGGCCCAAAGAAGCUCUUUGCAUCUUCCUUCUUCAAGCCAGUGUUGUAUGGAUUUCCCGCAGGUGCGAUAGCUCCCAUCAUCAUAUGGCUUCUCCACAAGAAAUUCCCGAAGGCCAGGUUUGAUCUUUGGAACUCGACCAUUUUCUUUGCUAGUGCCGCGACCUUUCAUGGCAACCUCAGCACCGGCCCCUUCACAACUUUCUUGGUUGGAACAUUCUUCAACUUCUAUCUAUACCGUUACAGACGGACGUUCUGGAACAAGUGGGCUUAUAUCAGCGGUGCGGCUUUGGAUACCGGAUUCAAUGCCAACCUGCUAUUCAUCUUCAUCUUCCUCGGCACCACGGGCGCUGUGAUGGUGAAUUGGUGGGGAAACAACGCUGACAACAUCGAACGGUGCUUCGCUCUGAAGAAAUGA